AUGACGCUUCGCAUUUUAUUAAUCGCAGCUGCCGCAUUGAUUUGCCACUGUGCCGCCGAUGUGGCGCACAUAAAUCAAGCGGCGCCUAAGGACGUACUGGUGCCAUUCAAUGAUUUAUUGCCGCCACCACUGGAGGAGUCCACAACGGAGGCCUCGACGCCAGCCACAAAGCCCACCAAAAAGUCAUACUAUCAGCAGCAGCAGCAGCAGCAGGCCAGGACCAAGGAGACGGCCAUCAGGGCUGAGCAGCCCAGCGCCAAGCAGCCAACGCUCGCCUUGGAUUUGUUGCCGCCCUUCGCUGCGGAUGUGGUGCAGCCACAAGUGGAGGCAGCCAGCAGCAGCAGCAGCAUCAUCAAAACCACCGUCACCACGCAGCAGCCACCGGUUGUGCCACCGCUCGUGCCACAUGUUGCACAGCCGCAGCAGCUGAGCGCACGCGUGGCAGCCAGAACCAACAGCAUUGCCAGCGAAACCUCCGGCUCUUCGCGCUUCUCGCCCGACCUCAUCCGUCAGUAUGCAACAUAUUUUCAGUCCACGACGCCGCAUCCGCCGCGCGGUCCGCUGCCAACGCUAACGCCCUUUCCACGUCAUAUUAAAAUCUAG